GGUGGGUUAUGGCAUUCAAUGGGGCUACUGUCUCUUUAAAUUUACCCAGGAGCCCCUAAAGGAGCCCCAGGGGCCCCAGGCUCGGCUCCCCACCCUAAAGACUUGCAGUGGUUUUUAACUGAGCCCAAGAGCCGCUUAUCGUACCAUGAAAUAACAAAGGUCGCGUCUUAAUCUGUCAGAGUCGGGGGUCUUUGGCCUCUUUGUCAGCAUUAAAAAAAAAGUUUGGUGAGGGGUCGAUGGGGGGAAGGGAGGAGAUGGGCGAACGAUAGUUCUAUUUCAGAGUGGUAAAAGCCGUCAGACACCCCCCCAUAAACCGCAACCCGUAGAACAGUGGAAAAAAGCAACGUUACGAUUAAAAAAUGGAACAUCACAAAGAGGAAGAAGAGCCCCCAGCCCGUACGCGCAGCAGAGAGGAGGGCGAGAAGAAUGUCGCCGAUACAAGUGACAGCGAAAUGGCAACGUCGAGGCGACUUGGUAAUGGCAAGACGGCGUUUCAAGGUAAGGGUAACAAGGUAAAUGGAGAGCCUGAAGAAUUAAAGUCCUCCACAGAACAAAGUACUCCUCUCCAAGACAUCAUGUCUCAGGAAGAAAAAGCCAGUUACUGGCGUAGAAGCCAACAAACCACAAAAUCAGUUUCUUCUUCUCCUCCUUAUCUUCUUUCUGUUUCGUCCUCCUGUGGGACAUGGAAACAAGGAGACCACAGAGAAGAGCGGGCAUCACGACCUGGCAGAAGCCGAAUCCCAGGUCGGGAUCACAGGAGGUAUUACCAUGAAUACUGGCGCACUGAGUACCUGAUGGACUUUGAGCCACAGAGACAUGGCAUGAUUUGCAUGGUCUGUGGAAGCUCACUAGCUACAUUAAAGCUGAGCACCAUCAAGAGGCACAUUCGACAGAAGCAUCCCGAUUCCCUGCUGUGGAGUCAGGCUGAUAAGGAUGUAAUCCGCUCUGGUUGGGAGGCUCAUCUUUCUCUGGAAGGAGGAUGGAGGCCCAGCACUUCUUUACCCUUAAGAGCCCAAAGGAGUACUGAGCUGGUGGACUGUGCACGUCAAUCUGUUGGAAAGAUCAGCUCUUGUACACCCAAGAAGAGCAUCAACCGUAUCACUAGACAGCAGUGUUCAGAUCUGGUGAGUGGAGUCCAUGAGCCACUGGAGCAAUCUCCCUCUGGUACAGGAUCUCGCACGCUGGAACGCUACCUCAAUGACUCGCUGCAUACGUGGUUUCGACAAGAGUUUCUCAUGGAUUAUCAUGUUGAUGCCAACAAGCUUGUUUGCAUGGUGUGUGGCAUUGAGUUGCCUUCUCUUCAUCUGGAGGAUAUCAAAAGCCAUGUCCUAGACAUUCAUCCUAAUUCCCUAAUCUAUACAACUGAGGAAAAACGUAGCAUUCUGCAGACCUGGGACAACAGAAGUAAGGAGGGAGAGGGAAGCAGCUCGGUACACAGCAACCAAUACAGCAACAACGCAGGUACUUGGAUACAGUCUGGAAACACUGUGAUCAAGAGGAGGUGGCGACUUGACUAUUUGGUGGAUUACAUGAAGACCCAGGGGCUUGUGUGCAUGGUAUGUUGUGAGACGCUUCCUGAUGUCAAAAUGAAUGCAAUCAAAAGGCACAUCCAUGAGUGUCAUCCAGAAACUGCCAAACUGGGACUGGCAGAACGAGAGGCAGUGGCAGCAGCAUGGAGUAAAGAGUUGCAAACUAAAGCACAGACAAAACUGUCUGAUACUAUCACAGCUUCUUCAAGCACACUUUCAGUUCCUCAAAUGCCUGCUACUCGGCUGGAAGCAUCAACAAAAACUACAGCAGAAAGGAACAACACAGCGUCUGUUGAAGAUGAAGAUAGUUUAGUGACCAGAGUAUCAGGAUUUGAUGACAACCAGCAGCCCUCCGACAACCCAACAUUAAAGGCAACGCAGAAGCGAAAUCAUUAUCCAGGCAAGGAUCAGCGUCGCAACUAUCAGGUACGCUGGCGGCUAGAGUAUCUGAUGGACUACGAUUGCCGCCGGCAUGGGUUGAUCUGUAUGGUAUGUGGAGGUGCAUUAGCCACUCUGAAAGUCAGCACCAUAAAAAGACACAUCCAGCAGAUGCACCCACACUCUCAACAACUGAGCACCGAGGAGCGCCACCAUAUCAUGCUCACUUAUAGCCAGACUGCUGUUCACAACAUCCACUCCAGUGACUGCUUCAUCACAGAGAAUUUCCCGGACCUAUCCAGCAGCAAACUUUCCCAAGCACUGUGACAAAGGUCAAACUAUAGCCUGUACUCAGCACAGAGUGGUCACUUUAAAUGGUUACCUUUCAUCGUGUUCACAAGUUUGUCCUGGAUUUAAGGGCAAAAGUGGAUUCAUCAGAAAAUUAUAUGUGUAAACAGUGCCUUCCAGUGGUAUUCAGGCAUUUCAUUUGGUAUCUCAUUUUACAGAAUUGCAAAAUGCAUCCACACGUCAUUCUCAGACUAGUAUAAUAUAUGGUCAAUGUAAAAGAUAAAAUGAGGAAAAGCAAAAAUUUACAGCCAUCUAUUUUCUGAAAACUCUUUUUCCAAUCCAGGUUCAGUAGCAUGCAUGAACUUCCAUCCAUGAGUUCGGUCACCUUCAAGCUGUUUUCAGUAAAUCCACUGAAACCACCAAUUUCUUGAUGCUUGGGUAUUGCUUAUAGAUAAGAAUUUUGUCACCUUGCCAGUGAUUCUAAACAAGGGAUCUUUGACUAAGACACUUCAUAUUCUUAAGCCAUGACAAUGAAGCUUUGAAUUUUUGCCUUCUUAAAUCUUCAGCAAACAUAAUGCAGGUUUUUUGUAGUGUCUAUUUUGGUUUUCAGCUUAAUACGCAACCCAGUCCCUGCUUGGCACAAGCCACUGCAUAGCAUGAUGGUUCAAUCACCAAACAUGACAGUAGAGAUAACAAAGACUAGGUGAUCUGCUAUAGUGAUGGGUGAUUCAAAAAUGAUUCAUUCUUUUUGAACAACUCUUUUCAGUGAAUCAUGGGAAUCAAUUCACAAGCACAAACAAAUCGAUUCAGUAGAGCUCAAUGGGAAUGCCAAUGUAUACGCAUGAUGCCAUCAGCUUCUUUUGUUUAGAUGUUUAAAGCACAUGUGCAUGUACCGCCCUAUAAUUCAUGAUUCUUGUUUAUUUUACUUAGGAUUCUUUCUAUUUAGAGCUAAUUCAUUAUCAGUUAAGGAGAACUCUGUCAUUAAACAUUCUCUUGUUCAUCGUACAAGUAAAAUACAGUAACAAUCCAUUUAGAAUGUUUUGUUUGUUUUGUACAAUUCAUUAUUGGAAUUGUUUUAAACAGAAUAUUAAACUAAUAUGUUUAUGUCUCUUUAUACAUUCAACAAACUAGUUACACAAAACCAAACCAUAUAAAAAUAUCAGGGAUGCCCUGAUCGAUCGGCCACAGAUUGGUAUCAGCCAAUUUUCACUAUAAAAAAACUCGGAUCAGUGAUUGAUAAAAAGGCUGAUCACCAAAACUGAUAUUUUCAGCGACUGCAUUUCUAAGUUUUACGGUAAUUUAGUUGAAUUGCUCCUUUACGCGAAAGUAUUACAGUAGUUGAGCCAGCUCUGUCCAUUUUUUGUCUUUUGCAGCAAACUUCCUGCAGUGUAAACAAAAAGCAGCAAGUGGAUGGUGAAUGAGACAUGAUUUGUAUAUUAGCCUUUAUGUUAAAGAAAGUGGAGUAAAUAAACUGAAAAAUCAAGCAAUCAGAGAAGUCCGUCCUGUGCAGCUAGACAAAACAGCAAGAAAAGCUACUUUAAGGAGUUCAGACCUUUAUUUUGUCCUUUAAAUUAAAACAGACACUGCUUGAGUUUGGACAGCGUCUUUGUUUAAAAUGCAGCAGCUUAUAUUUUUAAUUGGAAAAAGAUACAGAAAAAUUUGAAAUUGCUGCUUAAUAAACAAUAGGCUUUGUUUAAAGAUGUGUACAGUGUGUACUGUAUUUGGCUUGGUAAGAAACAUGUACUACAUAAUUAAAAUUGUAAUCCAUAUGUUAUAAUUACACCUCAAAAAUUAUGAAUGCUUAGUUGAUACACUGAAGGAAAAAAACACACCUGUAUAAAUAUAGAAAAUGUAUAUUUUGACAGCAAAAAGCGGUAGUGCAAUUAAUGAUUUUAAAUGAUUAAAAUGUACAAGUGCAAGUAGAUUUACAUUUAAGCAGUGUUCAAUUGCCAUAUCAAUUAAUUGGUAAUGUGAGAAUAUAUAUAUUUGUUGUUAGAGAAAUGGGGGAAACUACUGUUUCUAAUUAAGCCUUGUUUCAGAUAGGUACAUUACAAAACAAAUUAAACAAUAGGACAGCUUGUAAUUAUGAGAAGGAUUUAAUUUUCCUUAUGACAUAUGUAUUUUGUACAUAUUUUAUUAGUUGAACCAUGUAUUUUAAGGAAAUUAUAUUUAUUUUAGUAUUUUAUGGUCACCGAACAUAAAAAAUAAUGGAAAAUAAAAAAUGAACAGUUAACACCUGUGGUCUAUAGUUUAAUUACAAAAAUUUUUAAUAUAGGACAUCUGUCCAUUAGGCUUCUGUGAGUCAGGUUAUGCAGGAGCUUAGUGUAAAAAGUUUUUUAAAGGGAUAAAGAAAAAAAAAUCAUAAUUGGUAUCGGAAUCUGCCGAUCAACUAACAUGAAAAUCAGGGAUCAGUAGUGGCCUUAGAAAAAACCUGAUCAGAGCAUCCCUAAAAAAUGUCAGUCUAAUUCUAACAAUUAUUUUCUUUUAACAUUACUUUAGCGCACUCUCAUUGAACGCACUGAGCUUAUAUCAUUCACUAAUUCUUUUGAGUCUGAACUGAAUCAUUAACCUAGAACGAGUCACAUGAUUCUCAUUUAUUUGAGUCGUGAACCAAACCAAAAUUGGGUCACAUAAUACUCGUUUAUUUGAAUCAUGAAGAGAAUCGCUGAAUUUUUACCCAAGAACAAAUUGUAUUAUUCUUGUUGUCUUAUGAAUCUCGAACUUACUGUCAGAUUUUAAUUAUGCAUACUCACUAUAUGUCAUAUUUUGUACUUUCCAAGCGGUUAACAUUAAAUGGUAUAAAUUGCCAAUAUGUUUAAUAUCUAAUUUAAUCAAUAUAAACUAUAAUCAUUUAAUUUUAAUUUAAGUUGCACUUCAUUCAAGGAGUAUCGGGGAAAUGGUUUUGUGUUUUAUAAUUAGCGAUUCAAAUGAACCAAAUUAAUUCACUUAAUUGGGUAGUUCGAAAGAAUGAAAUUAAUAAAGUGAACUGAAAUGCCCAUCACUAAUCUGCUGUGUUGUGUGCAAAAAAAAUGUUUGAUCGUAUAUUUCAGAUUUAAAAACAGAACAUUCUUGUAUGUUCAUGUGUGGCAACCAAACAUUUUGCCACAUGUUUUAAUAGUAACUGAAAGGCUUUAUUUUGAACUUUUUAGGAUUGUCUCCUCAGUAUAAUGUCACAUUGUUUAAAUAGAUGGGUCAUUAUAACCGCAAUGCAUUUUGUUCUGUCUCACUCACAGAACUUUGUCUUUUUCAAUAUUCUUGUCGACUUCACAAUUGCAUACUUCACCAAUUUCCUACUAUCUGGCUACUAAUUUUAGAGGAGAUGUAGUAGGAUGAUUUAGUUAGUGUAUGAAUGGUAUGGUGCACUUUUUAUUUCUUCAUAAUUUAUUAGACUUUUCUUACAGGUAUUUUGUGGGACUUUGUUGUUAUUUACCUUCUGAUCAUCUGGUUACAUUUACUUUUUUUUCUAAAUGGCUGUGGAAGUUCCUUGGUUUUCAUGAUUGAGGAUCUGCAUUUAAUUUGCCAUCUAACCAAGGAAGCUCACAGGAGAAGAUCAUUUUAUUUUAGAAUCAAGUGGAUCAUUGUAAUUGCACACAGACCGAUGCAUUCGACUUAUUACAUGGUUCAUUUAGACCGGUUUAUACACCUGAAUAAAUGAAAGCUUGCCAUAAAAAAACAUUUUCAAAAGUUAUGAAAUCAAGACUUUUCUAUUUAAUUUUCAGGUUAGCUCUCUGUUUAUUUUAGAGGCUGGCCAGCGUAACUUUUUUCUUUUUUGGCUUAGGGCAAAAAUUCUCAAUGUCAAAAAUAAAAACAUGCUAAAUGUUGUAACAGAAGUUCUGGCUGAACCGGACAAUGAGACCUAUUCACUGUUUAUGUCAAAUGGUAAUUAAAACCACAUAGUAAACAGGGCAUUCAUACUGUAAAAGCUAAACAAGAAAUGUUUUUGUACAUAUGAGAAAAAAGACAACUGCAACAUUAAAAAUAUGUGCAGCACUCAUUUUAAAAUUCCACUCCAUCUAAUGCAAAUAGUCCGAUGUAUGGAAUUUUGCACACAAUUAGAUUAAUUCCAUCAUUUCAUGUAUAUGUUGGCCUUUGUUUUGGGACAGAUCAAUAAACAGUAAAAGACAAUCAGCCAUUAUGAAAAAGAAAGGAAAAGACUAUUGUGGUCUAGAAAAUAAGAUUUAAUAUAUUCUUCCCUGACUGCUUUAAGCUGGUGCCACACUAUAUGACUCAACAAGACUCCUAUCAGAGAGCAUAUCAGAUUUCAUUAUUGCAGCUGCCAAAUCCCUUUGCUUCUGAGGGUGUCAAUCUGUAAAACUUGGAAUUGCAGAGAGUGACUGACUACACAACAGUCUCAUGACUUUUCAUCACAGUUUCAAGUCUCCUGUCACGCUGUGAAAGUUACGCAAGAUCACCUCAAUUUGGCAGCCAGUCAAUGUGUAUUUCCAUGGUUAUCCUUACAGGGCAUGUUGAGCUCAGAGGAAUUCUUGGCUUUUUUAUUUUGAAUGAAAGCCUAAUGAGCCUCUCCUUCAUCUGCACAAUCCAGAACACUUGCUUGCCUUCUUUUUUUGUGGCCACUUACUCUUCUUCAUUAUUUGUUGGGAUUGUAUACAUUGCAAUUCCGGCUGAAUGUUUAUUGGCUGUCAACUCUUGCAUGCAGGAAUCAAACUUUAUGACUGGUGACUCGCUGCAAUAAAAUCAAAGGAGUUGGAUGUUAUUGUAGCGAGUCGUAGAGAGCUGUGGCCAAGUGACAAGUCAAAUCACAUUACAUGAGUGUUGUGCUGCGACUGUUAAUGAGGUGCUAUGAUUUUAUUAAGUUAUGUAAAUAAAGCCUAUGACUGAAAAUUGUUGGAAAACUCAUGUGGUGUGACACCGGUUUUACCAAACUGACUCAGAAGCAGCUAAAAAUACAAGAAGUGUUCAGUAAGUCAUUGUAGUAUGUAUAACACUGGAUAUUUAAAGUGUGGCAAUAUGCAAAAAUGUACAGCCUGUUACACUGACUUAAACAGACAUAUCACAUUUAUUAGAAGUUGGUUUGAAUUGGAUGUCUAAUGUGUAAUACUGCCUUCAAAAAUUGGCACUUUUAUUCUGAUGCAGCAAGAACCUUCUUGUUAGAAAUGCUUAAUUAGAAGUGCCAGGUAUGCAAAUGCCUAGUUCCCUUUUGUAAAUAUCUUUAAGGCAAUAGUCAAUCAAGCAGACAUCAGAUCAAGGUGCAAAUAUAAACAAUUCAGUGCAACAAGCAAGUGCCAUGGUUUAGCAGAUUAAUGCCUUCAAAUGGGUCACAGCAAGUGUAUUUGAUUCUGGUUUUGGAGGGUACAGUGGCUAGUCUAUCACUAUAACCAGUUUAAUCAUGUGGAACCAGUUCUAGAGAUGUUUGAUGAGAGUUUCUGUUGUAAGGAAAUUACUUAUAUAUAUUCUUCUAAUUUUUUUCUAGAACAAGGAUGGCGAGCUCCGAUCCUGGAGAAGCAGAGUGGCUGCAGAUUUUUGUUCCAACCCAGUUGCUUAAUUAGAAGCCAAUCCUCACCAGUAACAGAUCUUAUUUAAUUUUUGUUCUUUAUUUUGCCUUAUACAAUUUCUUGCACAAGGGCCUAGC